AAGGACUUAAUGCAUCACAUGGGUUAUAUUGACCCAUGUUAUCUCAUUCUCGCCUGGUUCGAUAGGCGAUAGCCUCCACACUCUACAGUACCGAAUACUGUAUUUCAUCUAAUGUUUUACUCCACGUUGGAAUCAAAAUCUGUGUGGCAAUCGGAAGAGUGUAAUUUAGGGUUUGUACAAAUGAAAUGAAAUGAAUUAAAUGGACGAAGGCAACCUUCUAGAGAGGUUCGAAUAUUAUAUUUUUGAUUUCAUAUCUUCUUCGUUUCAGAUUAAUGUUUGUUUCAUUUAUUUAUAAUAAUUUAAAAAUCUGUUUGUAUACUCUAAAAGUGUGGUAAAAAUUAUCUUUUCAUGAUUUCAUUUUAAUUGUUGUUUACAUUUUUUUGCUGGGAAAAAAACCAAGGGCGCACUGCAAGUCUUGGGAGGAAGAUGAGAUGAGAUGAUUCAACACUUGUUCAACUCAACAAUAAAGGCUCAUAAGUACUUUCUAAGCUUUGUUAAAUGAUUCUCAGGUUCCAUAUCGGCUGGUUGUUCAUGAAGGAUAAAGCAAAAUGCUUGUGGGUGAGUUUCAAUGAUGACGUUUCAAAUGUUUUAGUUCAAGUGCAGCGUUCACAAGCUGAGGCAUUGGGGAAGGCUGUGUUGCUAAUCACCAAGCAGUACGGACUGCGAGCAGCAGGGAGUUUGUUGAAACUUCAGUUCACACCUAUAUUUGAAAAUCUUCAGGGAGGAAUAGGGAAUGAUAUGCUCUCGGAUUUUUUCAGCUUUGCUGAAUGAAGCUGGAAAAGCCAAUCAAAAAGCUAUGGUAGCUUGGAAGAAAGCAAUGGAAGCCCCUACUUUUAGUGGUGUUUUCCAAUGAAAGAUGGCUUGAAAAAUGGUUUGGACAAAAGGCAAAUGCUGGAUACUCAGGAAGCAGCUUCAUUUAGCGAGGAUGAAUUGGAAGAUCCAGCUCCAUCUAGCCAGGAUAUGAUUGCAGCUUCCAAUUGAAGGAUUGAGAAGAAAAGGAGCAAUGUCGAUGGGUUUUUAGGCUAUAAAGCUAUAUAAUCUGUUGUUGCACAAAGAACCCUUGUAAUUCAAAGGAUGAAUGAGAUUGCUGUUCAGGUUGUACGUGAAGGGAGAUCGUGUUUGUAAAUUAUUAGUUCACUUACGAAAGUAAAAAUUGACAACAAAUUUUUUUAUAUCGUAAGACAUUAUUUGUUGUGGCUUUGUGAAACCAAAUAGUGGAAUGGUUUUACAUCCGUUCCAUACUAGAAGUAUUAAAAAAGACCCUACCAAACACCUCACUUAAUUCAUUGUUCUCGAACAAAUAUUAAUUCAAUUGGUUGUAUGUUAGAUUGUUGUUUAAA